CGGAUACCUUAGAACACCGGCUGGUGGUCAGCUCAAGAUGGCGGCGGGAUCGCAUCAAGGGUGAUAUUUAUUAAUCGGGACCAAGAAGGCAGAAGAAUGCUUCAUGGUUCACAAUGAUGUCAGAUGCCUAGAAUUUGCACUUAUUAAGCUGUAUACAUUGCCAUUUCCAGUAAUAGAGACAGUAUUUCUGAAGGCUGUCUACAUUAAUGAAAAGAGCAAUGUAGUCAGCUUAACAGAAUCAUCAGUGUUGCCUAUUAAUUAAGUCAUGGUACAUCUAUCAAUAUUGCUGGACAGUUGCAUGUUAGAGCCAUAGAUAUAUAAUUGUUAGUAUUUUUUUUUAUUCAAUUGUGAUCAAUUAGUAUUAAAUAUGGAUCUAUGUGAUGCAAUAUCCCCUCCCCCUCAAAAUCAUGAAAGCAAAGAUAUGACUGUUUGUCCCCCACCUCUGCCUCCAAAUGAAGAGCCUCCACCACCUCCCCUGCAAACGUCCAGUGAAGCAGAGGUACUGGACGUUGGCUCUGGUGGUGAUGGAAGUGUGGAGCAGUGUGAAAAUGUAUGUCCUCUUCCUCAAGAUCAUGAAAAUAAAAAUAUGGAAUCAACUCCUGUUUCACCCCCACCUCUGCCUCCAAUUGAAGAGCCUCCACCACCUCCCCUGCAAACGUCCAGUGAAGCAGAGGUAAUGGACGUUGGCUCUGGUGGUGAUGGGCAGUCACAGACCCCAACUAGGGACCUUCAACUGGAUUUCGGAACACAGCUCUUCACUAAAGGAUCUUCUACAUACUCAAGUCGUCUUACAAUGUUAGAUCCCUUUAACAGUGACCAAAGUCCUAGAACAGCCCGCCAUGCCCCAUCAGUUAAGAGGUUUACUCCUGAUCUUAAAUUGCUUAAAGAUGUUAAGGUUAGAGUGAGCUUUACAGAGAGUUGCAGAAGCAAAGACCGAAAGGUCCUGUAUACUGGAUUGGAGUCAGAGGGUAAGGCAGAAAUGGAUUGCAAUAAUAUAAGUAUCAAUGGAGACUUGCAUGUUUGUCCUUUUGCUGGUAUUAGCAACAGUAAUAUUGUUAGAAAUGUUGAGAUUGAAAAUAAUGCAAUUAAAAGAACUGAUGAGCCUGAAACUGAUCAGGAGAAGAAAGUGGAAUAUGCUGUUCUUGAUGAGCUGGAGGAUUUCGCAGAGAACUUGAUGGAUGUAGAUGAAGGAGUAGAGUUUGUAUCGGAAUCUAUUCUUCAGAGUGAUAAGAUUGACGAAGAGACCCUGAUGUACAGCUAUGAGGAUGACUUUGAUAAUGAUGUGGAUGAGCUUUUGGAAGAGGGGUUUCAUACCCCCAAGAAGAGAAGGCUUGAUGAUAAAUAUGAAAUUGAAAGUGAUCAUAAUUCAGAUGGAGAUUCAAGUGUGCAGCCGAUGAUAACGAAAAUAAAAACGGUUUUAAAAAAUCGUGGUCGCCCUCCGACAGAACCAUUACCUGAUGGAUGGAUUAUGACUUUUCAUAAUGCUGGUAUUCCUGUAUAUUUGCACAGAGAAACUAGAGUAGUGACUUGGUCUAGACCAUAUUUCUUGGGGACUGGAAGCAUAAGGAAACAUGACCCUCCUAUCAGCAGCAUUCCUUGCUUAAAUUAUAAAAGAUUGAAGGAUAAUGAGGCAAGGGAGCAAAGCAACGAUAUUACUCCCAUGCAGUGUUCUGUUUCGCCUGAAAAACCAUUAGAACUGGACCACCAGUCUGAGGAGCCUGACUCCACUGCAAAUGACAGUGUGGCCUCUGAUGAGAGGGAGACCAGUGUUGAGACCACACAAGGAGCUCUGGGGCAAGUCAGGGCUAAGGUAGAAGUCUGUAAGGAUGAAUCCAUUGACCUUGAAAAUUUUAGAUGUUAUUUAGAAAAAAGAUUUGAUUUUGAACAAGUCACCGUGAAGAAAUUUAGAACAUGGGCAGAAAGACGACAAUUCAACCGUGAGGUGAAACGUAAGCUGGCAGAAACAGAGAGGCCUAUUUUACCCGCCAAUCAGAAACUUAUAACCUUGUCUGUGCAAGAUGCACCUACAAAAAAAGAGUUUGUCAUUAACCCUAAUGGAAAAUCGGAAGUUUGUAUCCUACAUGAAUAUAUGCAACGAGUCUUGAAAGUUCGUCCUGUUUACAACUUCUUUGAAUGUGAAAACCCAAGUGAGCCUUUUGGAGCAUCUGUUAUUAUUGAUGGAGUGACUUAUGGUACUGGAACUGCACGCAGCAAAAAACUGGCAAAGAAUAAAGCUGCACAAUCUACACUGGAAAUCCUUAUUCCUGACUUCAUAAAGCAGACUGUUGAUGAGAAACCAAAAGACAGCGAUGAACUUGAGUAUUUUAACCAUAUCAGUAUUGAAGAUUCCCGGGUUUAUGAACUGACCAAUAAAGCUGGGCUUUUGUCUCCAUAUCAAAUCCUCCAUGAGUGCCUUAAAAGAAACCAUGGCAUGGGUGACACUUCGAUCAAAUUUGAAGUGAUCCCUGGAAAGAAUCAGAAAAGUGAAUAUGUAAUGACUUGUGGGAAGCACACCGUACGAGGCUGGUGCAAGAACAAGAGGGUUGGAAAGCAACUAGCAUCUCAAAAAAUCCUGCAACUUCUGCACCCCCAUGUGAAAAAUUGGGGCUCCCUUUUGCGCAUGUAUGGAAGGGACAAUAGCAAGAUGGUGCAACAGGAAACCGCUGAUAAAAGUGUGAUUGAACUUCAGCAGUAUGCCAAAAAGAACAAGCCAAAUCUUCAUAUCCUAAAUAAACUACAGGAAGAGAUGAGAAGGCUGGCAAGUGAAAGGGAGGAAACUCGAAAGAAACCCAAGAUGACAAUUGUGGAAUCUGCGCAACCAGGAAGUGAACCGCUUUGCACUGUGGAUGUCUAACAUGAAUGCAAUAAGGAGCCUGGGAAAUUUUGAAUGUGUACCAAUGAAGGAAAUCCAUAAACAGGGCUGCUUUCCUUAUGCAUUGUCCUUUCUAAAUCUAGGCAAUAUUGACUGAGAAAAUACCUCCUUUUCAGAUGUUGCUUUUUUUUUUUAAUUUAUAUUUCCUAGAAAGGCAGUGUUUGCGACAUGCACAAUAUGAGGGUUAUACAUUUUUAAAAAUAUCAAGCACUUUUCUUAAUAGGGCCUUAUUAUGUAUUUAUGUUUAAACAGUGCAUGUUUUUACAUACAAAACUGGAUCCUGGACUGUAAAAUUGCAUUUUGCUGAUUUUUUUAUUUUAUUUUUAUUAUUUUUUUUGUAAGAUUCAGUAGAAUCUUCAUAUAUUGUGCACUGAAUUUAAAUUAAGAAAACGAAUCUCUGCAGUGCUCAAGUGACCUCUUUAAAAAGCCUCUUUAAAGAAUACAAGGGAAUGUCUAUCCAUUCCUUCCUAUUGUGUUCAUAUCAUAAACCCUAUGCUAAAUAAUGCCCAUACUUUAAAUACAUUAAUUUUUAAAUGUAUUGGGACACAUCAAAUAUAACAGCAGACCUUUCUUUUUACUUACAAAAGCUAAUGUGGCUUUAUAAUAACUGUUCUCAACAAUAUGUCCAGCAAGAUUACAGUCGACUUUGCUAAAACUGCAGUUACUGUUAUUCCUUUGCAUUACUAUGCACAGACCCUAUGACAUGUUGAUGAGUAUAUUCUGACUCUGCAGUUCUAGGAUGAGGAAGUGCAGCACAAUGUCCUGCUUAGAUAUUUUGUGUGUAUACAUACAACAGUUUUUAGUAAUAUAUUGUUUUUUUCACUGGAAUGUAUACAGAAUUAAGCUGCUUGUUACAUUGUGACAUCCUGUUUUACUUAAGCACAUAUUAAUGCUGUGGUGUCAGUUUGCACACUUUAUGAAUGCGAUUUCUCUAUUGUUUUAGCCCUGGUUACUCUGUGCUGUGUGUUUUAUUUAAAUCUGCAGGGCAGUUUACUGCUGUAGACUCAUGAAGUGUGUGCUCUGAAAGCUUUAUAUAUGGUUACUUCUGCUAAGCACAGCCUGUAUGCAUACGUAACUUAUGCUAUUAUCUAUGCCCUUUAAAAGCUGCACAAGUCUGCAAUGCAAUUGCUUCUUUAGCAAAUGUGUGCAGUAUACCAUUUAGUUGCCUGUGCUGCCACACUGACUUUUUUUUUUUUGUCUUUUCCUAAGAAGUCACACAAGCAGGAACUAACAAUAACUAGAGGUCUGCCUGAAUUAUGUCCAAUGUUUAUGUAAGCACACGGGAGAGGGGGGAUUCUUUCCCUAUUCUUUACAUCUAUCUGUACCACUAAAAUAACGUGAAGCUUUAAUUCUGUCAUUGUUAAAGUGUCUUAGCAAAUACAGCAUUUCAAUAGAUCCAAUUUAUUUUGUGAAAUUUUUAGACUUAGACACAUAAUUUCUUAUUCUUGUAGCCACCUUUGGCUUCUAUAGUAUACUGUAAAAGGGACAGUAAAGUCAAAAUUAAACAUUCAUGAUUCAGAUAGAACAGCAACAACUUUUUAAUUUACUUUUAUUAUUAAAUUUGAUUUAUUCUCUCAGUAUCCUUUGGAGUAUAAAUCUAGGUAGGCUGAUAGGAGUUUAGUAGUGAGCACAAAUCUUUAGAAGUCUAUGGCAAAUACUGCUGCCAGAUGAUUAGACAUGUGCACCCACCUGAGCUCACCUAGGAUUACUCUUUAACAAAUGUUACCAAAAGAACUAAGCAAAUUGAUCAUAUAAAUAAAUUGGAAAGUUUACAAUGUCAUAAUCUAUCCAAUGCAUUUAACUGUAAUUUUGACUUUACUCUCCUUUAAUUAAAAGUAGUACUCAAUGAAUUAGGCCAUAUUAAAUGUUUGCAGCUUCAGCUUGCAAUGUUACGUAAAUCAUGUAUCACAAUUCACUCACUAUUUUUUUUAUUAUAUAUAAUUAUGUCUAUAAUGUGGUUGAUUUGGGAAGUUCACUAUGAUUGCUCUACAUUUACACACCACAAAUAGACCCCAAAGGGAAUUUUUUUUUUUAACUUUUUUUUUUAAUUUAAGUGUUGCAGUGCCGUGCUACACAAAGUGCAUUCUUUUGCGGGGUGGGGGGUUGUAGUUGUUGUGAGGUUGUUUUUGUGUUAUUCUCCUCCCCAUUAAUCUGGACUUUUUCUCAUUUUAUAGUCUCUCUUUAAUGAGGAACUAGGUUUUGAAUGAUCAAGUGUCCUGUAUUGUCUUUUAUUAUUCAAAGGCGAUUAGUAUUACUAGUAUUAUGCACUGUGUAAAUCUACUAAAACCUGCUGCUGUACAUAGGAUACAGAAUAUGGUUUUACUCCUUUCCUUUUAAUAUCCUGCUUGAGUCAAAGAAGAAAACUGUUACUAACAUGUUAUGGUAAACCAUUUUAUAUUUACAGCUUGACUGUAUAAAACAGUUCUGCUUAGCUAUAUAGGCAUUACUUUAUUUCUGUAGUAAAAAAUGUCAAAUACUUUCAGUGGCUUACUGAGAAGUUUGCAACAUUUCUGGACACCACUUUUUUUUAUUUUAUUUUUUUAUAGAAGUUUACAAAUUUGUAUUUUUGAUGGCAUUGUGUAUGUAACAUUUUUUGUCUUUAAAAUUGUUUAUAUACUUAUUAAAUGCAAGGGAUGUAUGUGUUGCCUUAUCUUAGACCCAUUCCACAAUAGGUUAUAGUUAUUGUCAAUGUCUCUGCUUAAGUGCAUAUAUUUAUAUUCUACCUUAAUCGAUGCAUAGUGGAUGCGUAACCUCUGGAGAUUCAUGUAUUGCAUUUUAAGAGAACAUGCCGCCUUCAGAUUGCUGUUGUGACGAAGAGGUUGCUGUUGACUGUCUCUGUAUUUUAACAAUAAACCAAAGCUUUAAAAGUUAAGAUUUAUAUGGUCUCUUCGGAAAAUAGAGUAGUUUGGAUCCUGCAUGGUGAGCAAUGCAAUAACUGUUCUUUAAUAUUUGUUGUUUGACAUUUUUGUAAUUUUUAAAAUAUUCCUUUGAGUGAAGAUGGAAUUUUAUGAAUUUUGGAACUCAAGCAUCAUACCAAAUUUGUUUUGUUGAGCCUCUAACACAAGUUACUUUUCUAUAUUCCCUAAUAAUACACUGAGUUAUAAAGGGACAUUUUUAAAAUUGCAUAGCAUACUACAUCAUCAAAAGCAUUUAAAACUAGUUGUGUUCAAUUGUUAAAAUGAAGGUAUGUCUGCACAUUUUAUUUACAUGUGGUUAUCUCUGAAGACUGUUGGAGCAUUAGGAAAACUGCAGCAUCUUGUGUGUGAGUUAUGUUCUUCUGCUACCAUGGUGAUGGAAAAAGCACAACUUGAAGAGAGAAAUUACAGGAAAAGUAGACAGAUGUGAUAAAAAUGAAAAUGCCUUUCAUUAAAACUAUCUUUAACAUGGCUAAUAUAAUUUUGUUAUUUUAAAGUCACAAUCAGCAAAAGCCUUGUUAUAUGCUAUAUGCAUGAAACUCUGGAGAUCUGCAUUAAUUUAUUUUGCAUGAAAAAGUAUUAUUGUAUGUGUUUUAACUUUCUACAAAUUUAAGUGGGGUAUUGCUCCUAUAUAUGCAAAAUUGUGAGGAUUUUUUUGUUGUUUUUUUAACUCCAUGUAGAGUAUUAUCAUUUUUUAAUUGGUGCCGUAAAUGCCAUGAAAUAUGGUGUAUUUUACUUAUGCAUUAGUCUAUAGUAUGACUCCUUUAAAAUGUAUUGGGUUUGGUGUUUAAAGCUGCCUGCAAGGUAGUGAAAAUCUGAAGGUGUAAUUGUAUCAUGACCAGUUUAUAAAUACCAUGCUAACAUGUUGUGGUUUGCCAUGUUUUUAAUGGUGCAUUUUAAGUUGAUGUAACAGAGAAAGGCAUUGUAUUUUCUACUUACUAAUUAACUAGCAAACUUAAUUCUGCAAUUGAAAGUUUACAUUUAUGCAUUUAGAUUUCUCUUGUGGUUUAUAUCAAUUUCAAUAAUGGAGCCCAGGCUGUAACAUUAAAAAAUAAUGUAAUUUAAUAGAUGUUGAGGGAUGCAUUUAUAUAUUAGGGCACUGUUCUAACAGUUUUGCUGAAAAAACAAUUGUCUGAAAUAUUGAGUGACCAGUAUUCAGUAGUCAAAUUGUGACCAAGGGUCUAGUGACAAGUACCAGAAGUCAAGAUUGCCCAAGUAAUAAUUGUGGUAUGAAUUGUGGAGUGGUUGUCUGAUACCUGUUGUUGACUUGCUCAACUUGUAUUUGAAGAAAAUUCUGCUGUCUUUGCCUAUGUAUACCUUGUGUGCUUGGUCUUAAGUAUUUAACAUUUUUUUAUUAGUUUUGAGCAAUAAAGUUUGAUAUUACAGUGAA